GUCAUGAGGCAGUGAAGACGCGUCUGUUAGGACCUGUCUCUUUCCUCAUUGUAAAAUCGGCCUUGGAGGUGACAACCAGUGAAGAAAUGUUUCUUUACUUACAACAAUACUGCCCAAAGGGAAGAGAAAUUCAGGAGCUGAGUGAAGAAUUCACAGUGGAAGGAUGGGAAAUUGUCUCCCCAGAGGACGAAGGUGCCCUGGAAAGAAUCCAAAGAAGGUUAGGAAGGAAACCCCAGAAGUGGGAAAGAAACGGCAGGAAAUGACAGUAUUUGAGAGACAAAAUCAAGGUCAAGAUAAAAAAAGCCAAGGAAUUUCAUCUACUUCUUAUCAGGGUAAUGACAAUGGUUCGGAAGAAGUUUGCUACACCGUCAUUAAUCACAGCCUCUAUCAAAGACCCUCCCUGAGCUCCAAUGAUAAUGGUUAUGAGAACAUUGACUCCCACACGAAGAGAGUGAGACAGUUUAGAGAUGGGUCAGAAACAGAGUACGCCCUUCUCAGGACAACUUGUGUUCCCAGCCGUUCUUCCUGCACCCGUGAGCCUGAUUACGAACUUGUGCUGCCUUACUAGAAACCCUCAAGUUGCCUCAUCAUCUUCCAUGUAACAAAGGUGAUACUGAAUAAGGGGCUCCAGGGAGUCUUCUCUCUCAUCAGUUCCUGAACCAUCUAUUCCUGAUUAGAGGGUAGAAAUGACAUAAUUUUACAGUACUGACUUGGGCAAUUCUGAAACAUGACAUCUCUGUGGUGUAGGUCAAACUGUGUAAAUUGACCUGAUUACAUAGAAUAUUUUAUUUACUUCUGUUUAUAAAAUUCGAGGUCAUGAAGAUUAUAGAAAGCCUUCCUAGGACAAGAAGCAUCUAUAGAUAUAUAUUCUAGAAUCUUCUAUUCCCAAUUCUACUCUCCAAGUUUCAAAUGCAACAUCUCCACCCCCACUUACCUAUUUUAUUUUUGAGGUGUAGUCCACUCAAGGAAAAUUUUCUCAUCCAGUAUUUAAUUUUUUUUGUGUAAGGAUUCUUUCAUUCAGUGUAUUGUUUUUGAGAUUCAUCCAUGAUUGACCUUGUAUCAGUAGUUUGCACCCUUAUAUUGUUGAGUAGUAUACUGUUGUAUGGACAUGACAUAAUUUGGACCUGUGGGGUAUUUACAGUUCUUGAUGUUACGAAUAAAACUGCUUUGAAUAUCCUUGAAUAUCCUGCAUUCUGUUGUUGUUGUUGUUAGGUGCUAUUGAGUUAAUUCUGACUCUCAGUGACCUUAUGUACACAAGAGUAAAAUGUUGCCUUGUCCCUUGUCAUCCCCAGAAUCUUUGUUUGAGCCCAUCGUUGCAGUCACUGUGUCAAUCCAUCUCGUUAAGGGUCUUUUUCAUUGACCCUCUACUUUACCAGGCAUGAUGUCCUUCUCCAGGGAUUGGUCCCUCCUGAUAACAUGUCCAAAGGGAGACUAGGUCUUGCCAUUUUCACUUCUAAGGAGUAUUCUGGCUGUACUUCUCCCAAGACAAAUUUGUUUGUUAUUGUGGCAGUUCAUGGUAUAGUCAACAUUCUUUGCCAACAUCAUAAUUCAAAUUGCACCAGUUCUUUGAUCUUCUUUAUUCAUUGUCAUAUUUUAAGCAUAUAUAUGCCUAAGUUUAUAAGCAAGUGACAAACUGUUCUCCCAAGUGACUGUGCUAUUUUAAGAGCCUACAGCAAUGUAUGAGAGCUGAAGUUGUUCCACAUCCUCACCAACAACAUCAUCACUAAACUUAGUUAUUCCAAUAUUUUAAUUAAAGCCAUCCUAAUGGGUGUGUGGAGUCUCUGGUAGUGCAACUACUAGCCAAAAGGUUGGUAGUAUGAACCCACCCAGAGGUGCCUUGGAAGACAGGAUUAGCUUCAGAAAAGUCACAGCUUUGAAAACUCAAUGGAACAGUUCUACUCUGCACACAUGAGUCAGAAAUUCAACUCAAGGCCACUACCAAAAACAAUGUAAUGGUGAAUUAUCAUUACGGUUUUAAUUUUCAUUUACCUAAUUAUUAGUGAUAUAAACCAUGUUUUAUACAUUUAUUAGACAUAUACAUUUAUUGUUUAUUAAUUUCUUGUAUGAACUGUCCAAAUCAUUUGCCCAUAUUUAAAUUAGUUUGCUUGUCAUCUUAUUACUAAGUUGUAAGAGUUCUUUACAUAUACUAAAUGCAAUUCUUUUGUCAGAUAUAUGUAUAGCAAGUAUAUUCUUCCAGUUUGUGUCUUGCUUUUUCUUUCUCUUUUUUUUAUCAUUCAUUCAAGUAUUUAUUUUAGCUUGUGCUUCGUAAACAGUAUAGAGAUUAAGUUUAGUUUACACAUUAAUUCAAUUGAAUAUUUUAUUCCUUUUGGAUGCUUUUUGGUAAGGCAGCAUCAGUGAGUUUAUAACAAUAAUGUAUUCCUGCACAACACCUUCAAGGAAGACCUUUUACAUUUCUCAUAUCUUUAUUUAGAAUGAUUUGGGUAAUUGGUACACUUUGGGGAGUGUUUGGAGAAGAUGAAGCUGAUUUGUGAUAAAGGUUGGAACUUCCAGGUACAGGUGAUGUGAGGUCCCAUAUUGUCAUCUUAUUUGAAUGUUAAAAGCUGCAAAUAAUGUCUUAGCAAAUAGUAGGAGCACAGUGACAAAAAUAUCUGCCCUAUAUGAUUCCUUUUCCCUAAGUGAUUCCUAGCUAACUGUACACUGGUAAAAAAAAAAAAACACAGGCAUCAAUUGCUUUCUUGGGAUUCUUUGCCCCAGUGACCUCAGCCAAGUAAACACACUAUAUGUGUUUCUUGGUGACUUCUUUUCUUAAUAUUUUAGAGAAAAAUUAAGACUCCACUCCUUUUAGGAGAAUAGGCAUUUGCUCUUUCCUGGUGUCUGUUUUUCGACCUCAGGUAAAAGACAUUAGCUGUUCUGUCAAUAAUGUCCACAUUUUCCCUCCAUGUGCAUGUGUCAAUAAAUCUUAUGGAGAGAAAGUCAAUAACUUGUAUAAUAAAAAAGUAAAUAAUUAAACAUUCUGCUAUUAAUCAGAUUGGGGGAGAGGAAUACAAAUGCUUUUUAGUAUGCCAGCAGAUACACAUAUGUUGCACUUAUUUGAAUUGAUUGAAUCAAUCAUUCAUAUAGCAAUUCAAAAUUACCAAUCUCCUUACUAAAUGUCAUGGAGGAAAUUCUAUCUUGAAAAAAAUAUCAUUUGGACAUGAUACCAACGUUAUAAAUGUUGGUAUCUUUCUCCUCUUUCAAGAGAUGAAUUAUGUUAUUGCAUAUAAAAACAGCUGUAUAGAUAAUUUAUAAUUAGAUUACAUUUUCAGGAACAAUAAAUAAACUUUUUAAAAAUGUCAUUAAAAAAGUAUAAGGUCGAUGUGCAUUUAUCAGUAUAACAAAUUUUUAGAGUGACCAAGCAUACUUUCAUUUUCUCUUUGUUGUACAUCGUGGUGUUGUUUAAGAAUUUCCCUUGCCAAUAAAAAACUAGGAGAUGGAUCCUUCUGGAAAAACAAUAGCCGUGAUUUGACAUCUCCGGCUUAGAAGAAAAAAUAUUUUAAGGUAAAUGUCUUUCAUGAUUUCUACUUUAACAUGAUGCAGUCACUAAAUGGGAAGUCAGAACUAUGGGAAGACAACAGUCUUUAUAUUUUUAUUUUAUUUUUAGAAUUAACUAAGUGUAGGCAAAAUUGGAGACUGGAGGGCAAAUAUGAAGUGCUUGUGUGUGUAUGUGUGGUUUUGAAUUGUCUGCUUAGAGAUGAUGGUAGGUGCUGCUGCGCAGAUGAGAUUGACAGGAAAGAGCUUGUAGAAAAAGGAAAGAAGAGGGGUGAGGACUGGAAGCCAACCACAUUUCAGUGAAGAAAAAUAACUGGCAUAGUCGUUCAGUUUUGGCAGAUUUAAUUAUACGGUUAGCCCAUAUUUCAAUAUAAUUUCUACUUUAUACUCAGGACCCGGCUGGGGAGCUUUUGAAAUUCAGCGAUUGCUCCUUCCUUCAAGAUGCUUAUAAUAUGUAUGGCAAAGCUAACAGGAAUACACGUAACUAUUUGAUAUAAACGUUAGUGCAUGGUAAAUACAAAUUGACUUCUAAAGAUACACACACACAAUACGUCACAGAAGCUCACAUAGCAAAGCAUGCAUGAAUACCACUUUUGCUUAAAUCUUUUAUGAGUUGAGAAGAUGCUGCAGCUUUUAAUUUGAGAAGAAACCUGAUAAAAUUCAUGUUUUGAAGUACUUUAGGAUCUGGAUCGAAGUGAUGUAGUGGGACAGGACUGUUAGGGAUAGGAGCAGUAAAGGGUGAGGUUGAAUAUGAGCUGAAUUUUCAAUCCAGGUGCCUAAAAAAGGGGAGAUACUAUGGUGGUGGGAGCCUAUGGCCACAGGUUGUAAGCUCGCUGUUGGGCAUGUUGAAUGAAAGGUGAUAUUAGAAUGUACAUAUUCCACAGAGACAUGCUAGAAUAUAUUUACAAUGUCAAAACUGACACAAUAACUGGAGAUAUAGACAAGGAGUCAUCAACAAUAGUGGAUUGAAGGCAUGUGACAUGAGAAAGUUGAGCAGUAUUGCCAGAAACGAGCAGAAAAUAAGUAUCAAAAAUUGAGAAAUGACCCCAGUGGGGAGGAAGAGAGAGAAUAAAAUUUGAUAUACAAGAGAUAAAAGCUGCCAUAGUGGAGAAAGAAGAAAAGUGCUUAGGAUUUCAUAAUGGGUAGAAUUUAAAGAAUAAAAGUACAGGGACUAGCAUAGUUCAUUGCUUAGAGUGAUGAAGCAGAAUAGAAAUGAGACCAGUCCAUUGGGUUUACUGUCCAGAGAUGUUUGUAACUUUGUGAGUUCUGUUCCAAAAAAAAAAAAAAAAAACUUGCUGCUGAAUCAAUUCUGACUCACAGUGGCCCUACAGGACAGAGUAGAACUGCCCCAUAGAGUUUCCAAGGAGUGCCUGAUGGAUUUGAACUGCUGACCUUUUGGUUAGCAGCCAUAGCGCUUAACCACUAUGCUACCAGGAUUUGCAUAUACUUAUUUUUAUAUAUACGUAUAUAUAAUUGUUAACAUAUUUUUAUGCCAAAUAUGCAAGGGUUAGAUAACCGAGAUUAGCUAAAGAUACCUAUCCUGACUCUUUGGUCAGUUACAUAGCUUUGGGUGACUCAUUAUUUUCUUUCACCAUCAUUAACGAAAAAGUUAAUAAAUAUGCCUACUCUCAUCACUGAGAGGCUCUUGUACUGAUAAAGCUAGAUAAAGUAGUGCUUUGUAAUCAUCAAAGGUAAAAUUUAAGAGAGUUCAUAUACAAUUUUGGGGGGAAUUACUCUUAGUUUUAUGAAUAAAAGUGGAACAUUGUCUGGUUAGUGCCAGAAGAUGAGCCCCUCGGGUAGGAAUGCUCCCCAAAUACGACUGGGGAAGAUCUGCCUCCUCAAAGUAAAGCUGACCUUAAUGAUGUGGAUGGAAUAAAGCUUUUGGGAUCUUCAUUUGCUGAGGUGGCAUGACUCAAAGUGAGGAGAAACAGCAGCAAGCAUUCAAUUUUACUUGGAUCCGCAAUCAACACCCAUGGAAACAGCAAUCAAGAAAUCAAACAAAGUGUUGCAUUGGGCAAAUCUGGUGCGAAAGACCUCUUUAAAGUGUUAAAAAGCAUAGAUGUACUUUGAGGACAAAGGUAAGCCUGAUUCAAGCCACGGUAUUUUCAAUUGCCCUAUAUGCAUGGGAAAGUUGGACAAUGAACAAGGAAAAGCAAAGAAGAUUUGAUGUCUUUGAAUUACGGUGUUGGCAAAGAAUAUCGAGUAUAUAUGGGCUGUCAGAAGAAAGAACAAAUCUGUCUUGGGAGAAGUACAGCCAGAAUGCUCCUUAGAAGCAAGAAUGGCGAGGCUUCAUCUCACUUACUUUAAACAUGUUAUCAGGAAGGACUGGUCUCUAGAGAAGGACAUCAUGCUUAGUAAAGCAGAGGGUCAGCGAAAAAGAGGAAGAUCUUCAAUGAGAUGAAUUGACACAGUGGCUGCAACAAUGGGCUCAAGCAUAACAAUGAUUGUGAAUACCACGCAGGACCGCACAGUGUUUUGUUCUGUUGUACAUAGGGUUGCUAUGAGUUGGAAGGGACUCAACAGCACCUAACAGCAACAACAGCUCUUAGUUUAGAUUGUAAACCUACUAUUAUACAUUCUGGAAGGGGUUAGGUUUUAUACUUAAAUUUAGUUUUAGAUUUCAUACAUUAUCCAUUUUAUGGGUAUUCAUAUACCAACAAAUUUAUCCAAUAUAUCAAUCCCCAUCAAAUAGUUUUGAAUAGUUGUUGUCAUUAGCUGCCAUCAAGUUGGCCCCUGACUCAUAGAGACUCCAGGCACAACAGAACAAAAUGCUGCCCGGUCUUGUGUCAUCAGUGUGAUUGGUUAGGAAUGGACCUUUGUGAGCCAUUGGAUUUUCAUUGACUCGUAUUUUGGAAGUAGAUCACUAGGCCUCUCUUUCUAGUCCAUUUUAGUCUGGAAGAUCUGCUUAAACCUGUUCAGAACCAUAAAAAUAUCCAAGCCCCUAUUGACGUAAAUGUGGAGGCUGUGCAUGAGGUCUGUUGGCUAAACUUUGAACCCACGUCUUUGGCAUGAAAAGCAAGAAUCCUAUUGUUUUUGAAUAGUACUCAUUUGAAUUUGUUGGAAUUCUUCCAUGACAGAGGGAUUUGUUUUUAUCAAGAUUAAUACUUUAUAUUUGGACAUAUAUGAUCAUUAUAAUGUUUUCUCUUGGGUUAAGCUCUUAAGUUAGCUUUCUUCUAUUUGGUCGAUACAGGUUUUGGUAUUCAGGAUCAGACAGCACAGGAUUUGAGAAUAUAAUAUUUCUUUUGCCUAAAAGACUUUUAAUAUAUAAAAUAAACUAUAAUUCACAACUCAUGUGAACCAAUAAAUAAUUCUUUAAGCUAUUUAUUAUGUGACAUGGUGCCAAAUCUUCUUACAGUCUUGGAGUUUGUGUGUUUUCCUAACCUCUUUCACAAAUGAACUUUGUUGAUCGAGUUGAGUUGUUGGGCUUAUCUUUUAAAUUCUACGAAUAUUUUUUACUAAAGGCCAACCUAAUUUAAAAUGGGGGAACUCUGUCCUUCAGGCUUCCCUCUCUAAGGGUAUAGAAAGGGAAAUGGCCAUAAUUCUAUUGUUGGAGAUUAGGUUUCCACAUCCAUAGAGAACAAACUAUGGUUAUUAUGAAUUUCAUUUCCAUCGAUUGGGAGUAACCCCUUUAGUACUACUGACAGGUUAGUAGUCUACGCAUUACUAUUGGAGGAAUGUUCAUAGUUUUACCAGCCAAUGUUCAUUCCUUGGGAUAGAAACUACUAUAUUAUGACCCUGAGAAACUGAUAAUAAAACAAGAAAAAUUAAUAAACGUAUAGAUGCUGAGUCCCCUCAUUUUCACGUUGCUACUGCCAGAAUGUAUAAGGCAUGUUGACCUUAUUUUCUCUCAAAUAAUUCCCCUCAAAUUAGUUCACCAUCAUUAUAAUACUGGAGUGACCCAUUAUUUUUUCCUUAUCUGAUAAUAUUGACCUGGACCAUUAAAUUGUAUACAGUAGUAGCAGUGAUGACAUGAAACCUUCUUAUUCUUAGUCUUAAAGGGAAUAUGUUGGAAUUUUUCAUUAAAUAGAUAGUAGAGCAGGUUUCUAGUAUAUAGGUCUUACCAGAUAAAAGAAGUUCUCUUGCAGUUCUGGUUUUCUGUGAUUAUAAAAUCACAAACAGUUCUUUAACUCUAUCUAUUCAUUUCUCUGCAUUUAUUUAGAAAAUUACAUGGUGUUUUUAUUUUAGGCCAUAAUCGUGAUACAUUGUAUUCUAUUACUGCUAGUGAGUCAUCUUUGCAAAGCCGGAAUAAGGCCUAUUUAAUCCUGAUUUUUUAAAGAAAUAUUUGUUUGGAUUUAUGUAGUAAAUACUUUAUUUAUUGAUUUUGAGUUCAUUUUAGUGUGUUCAUAAACCGUUUAUACUAGUACUUUCUGGAAAUACAACUCUGAUAAUCUGUAAAGAAUACUGUAGAGACCGUCCCUACUUUGAAGAAGUUCACGGCCUACUGCCGGAACAACAACAAAACAUCAUUGUAUGUGACAGAGUGUGGAUAUUAAAAUAGGCUAAUGCAUGAACAGGCAGCAGUGAGAAGUGACUUAUUCUUGGAGGAAUUGACAUUUAAUCUAAAACCUGGAGGUUGAUGAAUGGGACUAGGUUGAGUAAGGAUUAUGUUUCUUAGUCAAAAAGCAUUUUGGAGGGCAAAUCCGGGACUGCCAUGGUGGAUCGGUGAUACUUCUAAGAAUCUUUUAGGUAUCACGUAUGAUCUGGCAGGUACAAGGGUGUGACACUAAAGAAGUGAUGACAAAACCAAAACCAAACCCACUGCCAUCAAGUCGAUUCCGACUCAUACUGACCCUAUAGGACGUAAGAGAACUGCCCCAUAGAGUUUUCAAGGAGAGCCUGGCAGAUUCGAACUGCCAACCUCUUGGUUAACAGCAGUAGCACUUAUCCACUACUCCACCAGGGCUUCCAAGUGAUGACAAGUCACCCAGAAAUUAUCCACAGAGGGAAGUUUUUUACCAUCCCUUGUCAUGAAGGACAAUGGAAAGAAAAACUGUCCCAGAAAUCAAGGGAGAUUGGGAACUGUGAAGGGAGCUGCCUGGCAUGUCCCGGAGGGAGGUGGUUAGUCUCACAUAUGUUGUGCUGGAUCAACAGAAAGCAUUAAAAAAAAAAAAAAAUCCAGAAUUCUCUUUCAUCCUAAGUCUUUUUGCAAUCCUAAUCACCUUUUGUUGCCUAGAAUCAAGAACCCAACUGGAUUCAGAUAACAAAAAGACCUAACUGUCCACAGGGAUCAGCUUAUGUUGGCACGUAUCAGAACAGGAAAGGGCAGAGAAUGAAUCUGAGCCAAAUGAACAACUGUCCCCAAGUUCUUUCCCUCUUUUUCUGCUCUACCAUCUUAAGCAUAAGUUUUCAUUCUCAGAGUUUAUGCCCUGGGAUUGCCUAAGUACACUUGCCCCACCAGGACUCAUAUCUGUAUUACAGGCAGAAAAAAUGGGUUGAGGGAGGAACAAAAGACUUAGCCUCUCAAUGUUUUAUCUUUUUAACUGAGGAGGUACACCUUCACAGAGAUUCCCUGCAUUCUAUUGGCCAAAACUGGAUCACCUCUAGCUUCAAGUUGGGGUGGGAAAUUGAGUAUUUAAAUCCAGUCAUAUUACAAAACAAAUUGGGACUUCAUAAAUUAAGGAAUGAAGGGGUGAUGGAUGUGGGCAGGAAAAUAGCAGAUUCAGCCAAGGAUGAUUAAUUCCUUUUUUUGCACCAUUUAGUUGAACAGAAAGUGAGGGAAAGCAUCAUCACGAAAAGGGAAAGCGUUUUAAUUUAGUCAAUUCACCACUGUCUUUGUGUUUUGUGUCUGAGUAUUGUUUCUUCUUCCUAAAGUGAAAAAAAAAAGAUGUUAUCCAAAUCAGGGAUAGGUAGGUAGAUAGGCUGACAGGAAGAAGGUAGAGAGAUAGAUAGAUAGACGGACAGGCAGACAGAUAUGAAUAUUUACCCAACCCAGUAAAAUAUUUAGAUACCCUUUUUAUUUAAAAAUCCUGAUAUAAAUAAAAAAAAAUUAAAUACAUAACAACAAUUAAACUGUGACAAUACUGAGUUGUGAAAUAAAUUUAAUUAAUCUCUGUGUUUUUAUGUUUUAUUAAUUGAUCGCUUAAAUGAGUCAUUCAUUUCAAUUGUUUAUUCUUUUUGCUGUGUAGAGAAUGGAUUACACUAGAGGCAAGAAUGGGAAUAGGUAGACCAGUUAGGAGGCUGUUGUUUGGUCCAUAAGAAAAAUGAAUCAGCAUAGCAAUGCUCAAUCUUGUUACUCCUAGCAUUUGGACCAAUUCUUCCGGGUGAGUCAGAAUUGGUCAAAUUAACAGGUAAUAGCUAUAAUACAAUAUAACAUAACAACAUAACAUAGCACAUUAUAAUGUAAUAUAAUAUAUAAUAGUAGAGAGUGUGAUGGGACCUUCUAUCUCCCUCAUUAAUACCAAGAUCUUGGAAUCUGCAUUACCAAGUGAUACUGAAGUGAAGAAGCUAGAAAAGAGAGGGAUUUACUGGAAUAUCCAAAGAGAUGCUAGCUUGGUCUGUUUACAGCAUGAAGAAGGGUAUGCAAAAAUCUGCAGUAAAAAUCUGUUUUACUUUUUCUGAGCAUGCAGCCAUGUUAUAUUCUCCACCCUCCCUUGCAGUGGUCUAAACUCCAGCUAACAGAAUAUGAGCAUAAUAAUGAGUGACCUGCAAAGAGUCCCAUAGACACUUCCCAAGGCACUCCUUCAUGCUCUCACCCACUUCUGGUGGACUGUUUUGUGUAUGUCAUAUGACAGGACUUACUUCAUCCUGGAGAAUGAAUUAAUGUAUGAAUUAAUGUCUGCACCCUCACCUGCUUACCUAGAAAUAAAUUGGGCUGUUACACAAUUCAGAAACACACUUUUACUGUUAGGGCUCCCAUAGCUUUGGGUUAGUUUGUUACUGCUGCCUACCUUAGCAUAACAGAGAAAUUGGUUCUGGAUGUGGCUGUGCCAUAACAUAAUUCCUAAAUGUCUGUUACCUUGGAACUCUGGUUAGUAGGUUGUUGGCCACGUGAACUGAACUUCUAUUUUUAUACAUCUCUUUCAUUUUAAGACAAUUUUUGUACUUUGGGGGAGAUUUUUUUACACAUCUUUAGUCUCUUAUAUUGAAUAUUAUCAAUACGGUGAAAGGAUAAAACCCUGACACAUACCUUUCCUGAUUUUAAACCAUGCAGUAUCCCCUUAUUCUGUUAGAACAACUGCCUCUUGGUCUAUGUACAGGUGCCACAGGAGCACAACUAAGUGUUCUGGAAUACUCAUUCUUCACAAUGUUAUUCAUGAUUUCUUUAUGUUCCACACCGUUGAAAGCCUUUGUAUAGUAAAUGUAAAUAUCUUCCUGGCAUUCUUUGCUUUUAGCCAGGAUCUAUCUGAUAUCAACAAUGUCAGAUACACCUCAUUUCAUGUCCUCUUCUGAAGCAGACUCGACAACAACUAUCUAACAACAAUCAAUUCACUUCUUUUAACAUUCUUUAUAGUCUUUCAACAAACAUCUUAAAUUGUCUUGCCAUCCAAUUUUUCAAAUAUUUCUUGGUUGUUAGUGCAUUUUGUGUCUUAUUUAAGAAAAACAAAAUAUGAUAAUAAAUUCCAAUAUUCAUUUCUAAUAUCUUUAUAGUUUUCCUCUCAAAUUUAUGCGUAUCAUUCCCUCAGAAAAUGUUUGUAUAAUAGUCACACAGACAUAUAUUUCAUUUUUAUCUGGGUAUCUAGUUUUCUUAGACUGUGCAUUAAAAAAAAGUCCUUUGGUCAAUGGUCGGCAGUGUCAAUCUAGUAGUCAGUCAUGGAUGCAUGUUCCUAUUUCAGGGCUCCUUCUUCUUCCCAUUGACCUAUCUGCUUAUCUAUGCCCUGAUACUACACACUCUUAAAUACUGCUUUAGGAGGUCUCAAUAAUAUGAUAGAAUGAAUUCUUUUUUUUUUUCGUUUUCAAAUGUGUUUUGACUUUUUCCAUCCCACUGAAUUUCCAUAUACAUUUUAGAAUUAGCUUGAUGAACGUUG